GAAAACUAAGGGUGAGAAACAAAAAAUGUGCAAUUACAAGGAACUGUGUGGUGCAAUGAGUGUCCCUGCGUGCUCCAGGAGAAAGAUAUACAUACAGCCGGAAACAGCUGUGAUCAGCUGCGAUCUUUACGCAACUGAUCAUCACAUUCUAAUGGCACACAUCAGAGAAUAACAUUACGACUGUUUCGGUAUGAUAAACGAUUGCGGAAGAUGGAGGAUGACGUCGAUAUUUAUGCGAAUUUACCGAGUCUCAAUUUGAAUCUCGAGAAUGAGGACUGUAAUUGCAAGGAGUUAAAGAAAGAAUAUAAUUCACUCUUAAGUAAAUUCGAAAGUCUUCAGAAGAUUAAGACAAAUUUGGAAAACAAUCUGUCUUCCUUACUCAAAACUGCAAGAGCUGAAAUAGCAAGGAAGGAUAAAAUGAUAGGUGAUCUCAGAAACCGAUUGGACGACAUAACUUUUAGAAGGAGUAACAGGAAUGGAUAUCUAGAUUUUUCUACUCAUAACUCAUCACAUCAACCUGCUAUAAAGGUUGAAGAUGUUUCCUUAGUGCAUUCAGAAGAAAGUGAAACUGAAGUGCAUCAAAUUGAAUUUCGUCAGGAUAAAAGUAGGAAGUUACAAAAAGAUGUUAAUCGGAUACCUACAGUGUUUGGGGAACGUUUACAUAAAAAAAUUAUGGAGUAUAAUGAGGAAGAAAAAAAGCAAAAAGCAUUAUUAAAACUUGAUGCAGAAGUUAAAACAGAAGCCAUUCCUAAAAACAGCAAUGUUGAAAACGAUAAAGAGAAUGGAUCUCAAUUCAGUACAAAUAACAACAAUGAAUGUAACAUCAGACGCUGCUCUAGUCCAGAAUCUCCAAAACGAAAAAAAUUAGUAAAAAGGACAAAUGAAGAAGAUUAUACAUAUAAACAUAAACGUCUAAAAAUUGAAAGUAAUGAGAAUAAAACUACAACUGAAGAAACAAAUCACAAUUACCUUACACAAUAUGAUCAAAGAGACAAUCCUGCGCAAUAUGAGGUAAAAUAUAGUCUUGUAAAAUCUGAAAAUCGACAGAACGCAGCACAUUUUUUUAAGAAAGAAGAAGCCGUUUUAUUUCACACUGAACGUAGUAGAGCUACUUCAGAGUAUCAAGACACAAAACAAGAUCAAAGUUAUACAAAUGGAUGGAAAAGCAAGGCGAAAAGUAAUUCAACAAAGGAUCACGAUAGUUCCACGAAUAGUUUUGCUUAUAAUUUACGAAAUUCUCGAUCUGCUUCGACAUCAAAUUAUGUUUCGGAAGAAAUUAACAAUAGUUACAGGAAGAAUGGGUACAGAUAUAGCCCGUCAAGAAGAAGCUACUCUAGAAGUAGAAGCGAUUACGAGAGUUUGAGCAGUCGUCGUUUACGUGAGAGACCUAGUAGAACAUACAGAGAAAAGAAGUACGAUGAUUAUGAAUACGAUAGUCGACACAAAAACGAUUGGUUAAAAAGGAAUCACGACAGCGAGAAAAAUGAUAAAAAAACAAGAUACAGGAGUAAAGAAUGUGAUCAUUCACGAAAUAAAUCUAGAUAUUCAUCAAGCGACGCCGAAGACAGAGAAAGCAAUUCCUACAAGAAAAAGUAUGAAAAUAGCAGGAGAAAGGAAACGAUAAAUGCUUCAAGUAAUAAGAAACUGUACGAAAAUAAUAAAUACAACAGCCAAUACAAAAGCGAUAGAUUAAACAGGUAUCAUGAAGAAAACGAUAGAAAAACAAUAUAUAGGAGUCGAGAACGUGAUGAUCUACGAGAUAAAUCUAGAUAUUCAUCGAGUGACGCCGAAGACAGAGGAAGUAACAGCUCAUACAAAAAGUACGAAAAUCAUACAAUAAAAAAAGAAACAUUAAAUGUUUCAAAUAAUAAGAAACCAUACGAAAAUAAAGCUGCAAAAGAGAUUAAUUUCAGAGAGUCUUCUAGUCUUCGAACAAUUGUAAAUAGUACACCGGAACCAGGCGAAAUUUUGGACAGUCCUGAGAAAAAAAUUAAUUCUACGAAAAUUUCUACAGAUGAUACAGAUCAGAAUAAUGAAACAAUUAAACAAGUGCAUGAUAGUAAUAUCAAUGGCGCUGAUAAAAAUAACUAUGAUGAAAGAUCAAAUUCUAUUAUUGAAACUGUUAUUAAAAUCGAAAAAAUAACUGAUUCUAAUAUCGAAAGUGUUUCUAAAAUCCAAAAAGUAGAUAAUUUUAGUAUCCAAAGUAUUAAUAAAGAGAAAACAAAUGAUUCUAAUAUUCAAAACAAUGUUGAAGUCACAGAAGUGAAUAAUUUUAAUAAUGGUAAUAAUAAUCAUGAAAUUGACAGUGAUGAAUUAAGAACUUCUACUUCUAAAGUUGUUACAAAAGUAGAGGCUGCGCUUAAUUGUGACAUUGAGAAAAAAGAUGAAAGUCGAGCACUAAUCAAAAGCGAGACUUUUCAUCAAACGUCAAAUAAAACCAAUGUUGAAGCUGUGUGCCUCGACGAUCAUAAUAAUGUUCAGAAUUCGACGAACGCUUCUGAUGAUCUCAACGAGAAACCAUCUAAGAGCUCAAAGUGCGAUGAAAAUGUACCGGAAACAGCAAUGUCGAAGCUAACAAAAGUGGAAAAAACAAUUAGUGUUCAGUCAGUCGUUAGUGUUGGUGUUAAGAGAACAAUGUCGUCUACAGUAAAUAAUAAGGAUCAGAGCAAAGGAAUAUUAAUUUCGCAUCGCCGAAAAGCCGUGACACUGAGUGACAGUAACGCGUCUAUGACCGUCCUAAUGAAUACAAAUGUAGCGAAAACAUUAACAUCUUCUAUCAUUAACAAUUGUAAUGACGACGAUUCUACUUUGAAGCCGCGUGCUUGCAAGAUAUCACGAGUGUGUGUAAAGGCAACAUGUAAAUAAUCAAUUCUUACGUUCUUAUAAAAGAUGUUAAUAAAACUGGAUUCAUAUGCAAGAAGCAUAUGAAAAUAAUUUAUCAUACAAAGUAAUAUGAUUUUCUUAGUUCCUUGUUCGAAUAUUAUUUCUUACACAAAGAUAGAAAAUCAAUUUAAUUUUUUUAGAAAUAGGACAAUAGAUUAUGCAAAUGAAUGCGUGUAUAAUCCUGUAGUUUUAUUAUUUACGGUUUUUUUUUUCUAAUGCAACUGUUACACUAAAUCACCGUGAUUGACCCAAUGUAAUUUUCGAUGAGCUGUAGCAUAAACUAUCAAAAAAUUAUGAAUAAAUUUUAAGAUAAAGUACAAA